AUGAUUAAACUGCAUCGGACAUACCCUAUAUGGCUUCAUUUACUUCAUCUAACCUAUCAUACGAGUUUGUUUCUAUACCAGGUAGUUGGCUUUAGUACUUCAUUUCAAUCAUCGACGAAUUCGAUCAGUACAGGUGAAGUCAACGGGCCCGGAUGGCGUUUUCGUUAUGUGACAACGUGGAUUCUAUCUGUACUAUCCAUAUACAUCAUUGCAGCUCUCCUCUAUGAUAUACUUCUUAUUCUGCGCGGCCUGAACGAUGCGAUAAUCAAACAAUUUCGAAUUCAUCUCGAUCGAUUCUAUUGUUUAAUGUUUUCAACUAGUGUAGGCAUGGGAUUUUUCUUUCAUUUAUUAUUCUUCUUUAACUGCAUCAGUAAUCAUCACCACUGUCCAAAGUAUACAGAUCCAUUAUUCUUUAUUCAUUUAAUGCCAUUCUGGUACGGCCUAGCUGAAUUUUUAUUUGUCCCUCAUGAUACAAAACGUGACAUAAAAACCACACCGAUUCUUGUUUUCAUCUUCUGCUUUAUUUACUUCAUUAACUAUUGGUUGUUCGUAGCGCAAACGCAUGGACAUCAUCCAUACGGCGAUCCAUGGCCAAUCUGGCAGUGGUUUGUGUACUUUUGUUUUCCAUUAGGAAUGUUAGCAUUACGACUAAUGGCAAUCAUACGUCGACGAUUGUUUUACAAGAGAGGAUUACGUUCGCCAUGCAUUUAUCCACAAAAUGAACUCUAUGCGAAUCCUUGGAUAGGGUGGCAUUUCGAUUAUUCCCGCUUGGAUCAAUCCGAAAUGCAAUCAAUCAACUGGAAGGCAAUUGGCGCGAUGAGUGGAAUAUUGUUCACUCUGAUAUCUAUUUGGAAUCUUGUUUAUCUAGUUUCAUCUGGAUCAAAGUGA